AAAAUGCUCACUUUUCGUUUUCAUAUAAACUCUCAUGCACGUACACCUCGAGCUUAUUAUUCGAACCCAAUCAUUAUUUUGCUGCCUGCUUAAGAUACUUCUCCCACGCCGUGUGUUCAUCCAUUUUGAUCGCCGGAAAACCUGCAAAAAGAAGGAUAAUUGUUUCUGGAAAAAGUGAUAAAAGACCUUUGGAAAGUACAUUUGACCACCAAGCGUACGGAAGUUGAUGAAAUAGAAUGGCUUCGCAGUUAUUUCUAGAGAAUGACAUCUUUGACAUGAGCUUUGAUAAGCGAGUGGCAGAGUUCGAAGAGAUCUACCUAGCCAAGUUUGGACACUUCGCUCACCCUCAAAGAGAAGAGGCCCGGAAGAAAGCGGUCGAACUUCUCAACAAAAACAAAGAGGCACUUGAAGCAAUUGGACACGAGAUAGCGAAGAACUGUGAAGAAGGUCUGAAGAAGAUGGGUCCAGUUGCUGCCGCUGAGUUCAUCAAGCGGCAAGCACAAAGCCUUGUGGCCCGGCAGGUUCUAAACGCUACUGUUCGAGGCGGCGUAGACCAGUUUGGUCGUCGUAUGGCGGUCGUGGUUGCUGAUGAGUCUAUUCGCUUGGCUGCUGCUCAGUUCGGCGCUAGAGGAGCAGAAGCAGGGGUUAAGGCAGCAGUUGAAGGAGCUGCGCCAAAGUUUCUUGCUAACGCUGGCAAGAUGGCAAUGUUGGUACCUGGUCUCUCCGCUGCGGUGGGACAAGCUGUCGCCGAGCAUGUAACUGGGCAAAUGGGAAUUGAGAACCACCAUGCCAAGAACACAAUUGCAGUUGGCGGAGCAGCAGCCGGGGGAGCUGCUGCCGGGGCCGUGAUAGGGGGUCCACCAGGUGCAGCAGUUGGCGCCGUUGUAGGUGUAGCUGGAUGGGGAAUAGGUAAGGUGAUUGACGCUUCAAUUGCAAGCGGGUUGGGCAUCGUAGGGGGACCCGAUGACAACUGGGCCUAUCUGAAAAUUGGUCAAAUAAACCAGGAGGUUUGCUUCAGUACAUAUAACAAAAGGGAUACGGUGUACUUUAAAUCUUAUUGGAAUGAAUAUAGGAAAAACGAUCAUAAGGAGUUUAACAUGUCAGCAGGCCAAGGUCAACGUGAUGACUUUCAGUUGACAGUGUAUAAAGGCAACACAUCCAUAGCACAUUUCCAAAAGGUGUACUACAGAGAUAUGAUUUUUGUAGCGAAGAACAAAAAGGGCAAACUGGCUGUGGCACACGGGAAGGGUGAGUUAUGGGAAGGGGAGGCGAGUAAUGUUAUCAUUAAGACUGAUAAUUAGGUUUGGUCGCCACCAUUUAAAGGUGCACGAUCUCUGACGCUGUUGAGCAGUUUGUUCCCGCUGAUAUCUUCAUUACGAAGAUCAUCGACGUAAUGGCAUGACGCCGUCCGCACGCGGCGUACGUAUGUCCACCAGUGCCUCCUUGAAUCCUGAGAUCGAGCACCUCCGAUUCGAGCAAACAAAGCGAGAGAAAUACGGUUUAAUCGGGGACUUUGUUAAAAUCUUGAACGUAAAAAUUAAGAUCUAAUAAUGACAUAACAUAUUGAUUGUUUGAUAUUUUUUAUUCAUUCUGAAUAUUCAUUCCGAAUCUUAAAAUGUAUUCAAAAUCUUUAAAUUCGGUAAAUUUGAUAGCGCCGGCUGACUGUUGGUAGAGUGGUAGACAAUCGAACAUUAACAAAAGUGAAAAACCGUUUUAAACCAAAAAUCAUUUUGGCGGCUCAGAGUAGAGGUAAUCUUCUCAUUCUAGAUACCCAAACCAACCAUUAUUACCAACAAUUUGCGGGUUUUUCAUCUUCGUCAGAUUAUUUUUAUUUCUAACUAAAAUAAGAAGUGUAUAGUAUAAGUAAGCUAAUCAUCACAUAGCUGAAUGAAAUAAACACAUUUUCAUUCGUGUCUAAUUCAUUUCUUGGCCAUAUAUUUGUUCAUUCGUUUCAACUCUUGUCUGCAAGAAAAUCUACAUAACGAGGAUGAUAGUAACUGAACAUAUCGCCUCAUUAUCAAUCAGUUAUAAAUACAGAAACCUUUAGGUUUAUUAGAAUAGCCCCCCCCAAAAAAAAAAAAUCCCUUGCUGUAAAUAUGGUAAAGUGGAAAUGAAACUUUUGUCGGGAAAAGAGGAUGACUUAUGAGUUAAAACCAGUUCGAUCCAUUACUCCUUUGAAGCAGUAAAUAAUAAUUGUAUUAAUUAGGUUUCACAAGGCAGUCUACAUGGAACGACGUCUCUGAAGUCUAUUAUUUGCCCGUCAUUGUAGCAUAUCUUUACAAUGCAAUCCCGAUGAUCUUCGUUAUACCAUGAAGAUACGGUUAUUCCGUAGGUUGUUAAAACACGUUUUAUAGAAUUGAAAUGUUACACUUUUUUACAUGUACAUAUAAUUGUGUUCUUAUUCAGAUAUCAAUGACUGAUGUUGUACUUAUUUUUAGGUAUAGUAAUAGGGUUUUUUUUCAUUCUAUAUCCGGAUAUUGUACUUAUUAUCAUGUAUAUCUAUAUUUAGUUCUCGUGUGUAAUACAGCCAUGAACGACGUGCCAAACAUAAUGUGGCGCUUUAUAGUUAGAAACAACCAAAUAUCACAAGCAUUAUUUCUUAUUGAUUAAAGUGAAACAUUUUUUUUUCAAAAUUGAUAGGAAAUAAAAGAUUUCGUCAACGAAAAUUGUCAGUUAUCUGUUUACGGAAGUUGAACUAAAUAAAAGGAAUAUGAGUCUUGAAUUUUCAUCCGACUCCUUAUUUCAUUGCCAUAAUUAUCGGGCUGGAUCAAACAAAAUAUACUUAUACACAUAUUUGUACAUAUAGUUUUUUACAUUAUUUUAUCAUUUUUUUGUAAUUCUAAAUAUACAGUGCUUGUUUAUUAUCCAAGAAUGAAACGAAGUCUAAAACAGCUAUUAAAUGGUACUUUGUCUGACGGUAGAAACGCUCUUGGCAUAUCGUCAUUUAUAUUAUGUUGAGCUGAAUUUGUGGUGUGUGUGGGUGGGUGUGUGUUCAUUUAGAAUGGUUAUAUUCAUGGUUAUCAAAGAUAAUUUUAUUCUGAAAAUUAUACUUGUAUUUUUUUUUUCUUCACGGAGACGGGGUUUAGUUUCUAUAUAUAUUGUAAGUGAUCAGAUUGAUUAGUAUAUUUAGCAUGUAAUCUUAUACAUGAAUAUGUUUUUAUCAGAUAUGUUAUUGUUUUUUCCAAUUUUCUGAUUACAAAA